GGUUUACUUUUUCAAUACACAAUUUUUGUUGCUUUUUUAUAUAUCAGUCGUCAUAAAUGAUAUUUCCUGAAGUCGUGACUCUGUUUCCUAAAUUAGCCUUAAGCAUAAUAAAUUUGUUUACAUGAUUGCUUCCUGAAAUGACACGUAUCUGUAGAUGUGUUCUUGUGCUCCACGUGAUCUGAAUAAGUAGGAUAAAGAAAAGCCCCAAAUUAAAUUUCCACACAAAACUCAGCUGACGUUGAGACUCUAUCAGGGUGUCUAGGUUUUGUAGAUAUUUCUUAAUGAGCAAAUGAUCAAACCUGGCGGAACUGUGGCUUAUUUGGAGAUGGUCAAACUAAGACAGUGUUUAAAUACGUCAGCUGAUCUUAGUGUGAGGUUUCAGUGAAGGUUUUACCCAAAUCAUUUGGAAUACAAGAACAACUGCAAUAAACCUACAGGUUUAUAUGUUGGACUGAAUGGAGAUUGAACUGUUUUUGAGGCUGUAUGAUUGUUAGUUGUUGUCAGGACAAACAAACCUGUUGGUUCAUGAGCCCAAAGCAAACAGACACUCACUGCUGAGUUUAACAUGUUCACUGCUGCCCUGGGGAUUAGCAACAUGGAUCCAUUGGGCGCUCGCUCACAGUUUGUGUGCGUGGACACACUUCCCACCUGGGAUCAGCUCGAAGAGACUAUCGAUGGCAAGGAAGAAGGGGAGUCUUAUCAGAGGGAAGAUGUUGAAGAGCUGACUGACGUAAACUCUCCUGUUUCUCCAUUUCCAUUCAGAGAGGAUAUCAACAGGAAGAUUAUACUCUUUAACGGUGAUGUGGCACUUUUAAACUGCACCGCUAUUGUGAAUACAAGCAACGAGACCCUUACAGACAAAAACCCAAUCUCAGACAGCAUUCACAGACACGCUGGCCCCGAGCUCAGGGAGGAACUUUUUAAACUGAAAGGAUGUCGGACAGGGGAGGCCAAAAUGACAGAGGGCUUCAACUUGGCUGCACGAUUUGUUUUACAUACAGUUGGCCCCAAAUAUAAAGCAAAGUAUCGCACAGCUGCUGAGAGCUCCUUAUACAGCUGCUAUAGAAAUGUCAUGCAACUGGCCAAAGAGAAUGGCAUGGCUUCUGUGGGGCUUUGUGUGGUCAGUACAGGCAAGAGAGGAUACCCCAUCGCAGAUGCUACUCAUAUAACCUUACGGACCGUGCGCAGGUUUCUGGAGUAUCAUGGAGAAAGCUUAGAGGCUGUGGUCUUUGCUGUGUCUGACAACGAGGAGGCAGUGUACAGGAAGUUACUGCCACUUUAUUAUCCACGCUCAAAGGAGGAGGAGAGAGCCAGCCUGCCUUUACUGCCUGCUGACAUCGGGAAUGCUGAGGGGGAACCUGUGGUGCUUGAGAGGCAGAUCCGCAUUACUGAGAAGCCUGGCAGCCUGGAAGAUGGCUCUGAGCAUGAUUCUGAAGACUCUGACCUGGUACUUGUGGGCAAUCAUGCUUUUGCAAAAAUGGAGGGAGAUGUAGACAAGCAGCGAAAACUCAUUCUUCAGGGUCAGCUCUCUGAAGCUUCCCAACAGAAACAGCACCAGAGGAACUAUAACCGCUGGCUGUGCAGAGCACGAGCAGAGGACCUCUCGGACAUAGCAGCACUAAAGGCCUUAUACCAAACAGGUGUUGACAGGUGUGGCAGAACCGUAAUGGUGCUUGUAGGCAGAAAUAUUCCAGUAACUCUCAUCGAUGUGGAGAAGGCUUUGUUAUAUUUUAUCCACGUAAUGGAUCACAUCGCAGUAAAGGAAUACGUGAUGGUGUAUUUCCACACACUCACCGGUGAACAUAAUCACCUAGACACCGACUUCCUCAAGAGGCUCUAUGACAUUGUUGAUGUGAAGUUUAAAAAAAAUCUGAAGGCUUUCUACUUUGUUCAUCCAUCGUUUCGUUCCAAGGUGUCCACAUGGUUCUUCACUACCUUCAGUGUUCCUGGAGUGAAGGACAAGGUCCAUCACAUAGAGACGCUGCAGCAGCUCUUCACUUGCAUCUUACCUGAGCAGAUAGACAUCCCUCCCUUUGUUCUGGAGUAUGACACCAGGAUGAAUGGCUCAUGCAGAUGAAAUUCCCACUCACCACGCCUAUAAAGCAAACCCUCUAGGUGGAUUUAACUGGACUUUCUUUGAAUGCCCAGCAUUUGCUUGAGCUCACAGAGUAUGGGUGUGUUGCCAUAAAGAAGUCUGUCCCUCCCAUCAAUCUACUAAAGGAGACCAACUCAGUUGCCUUUCUUCCAGUCAUGACGUUUGACAUAGUCGCUGUGCUCAAACUAUUUGCACUAGUAAUAUUUCACUGACUGACUGAUUGCAUGUGAUUGUGUAACAGAAAGGUAAAUUGUUAAAUGCCUUCAGAUGUCCUGUUUCCCAGCAGCAUACGAAACCUCUCUACGUUUGUGUUUGGUGAGCACAGAUCCUUCACGACUAACACUUACUUUCAUUCUUAUUUCACACCAUCUGGUUACUGCUAGUGGUAUCCUUCAUGAGCUGCUUUAUUUUGUUUUUUGUUUUUAUUUUAAAUGUGAUUACAUAUAAAUUGCCAUGACUGGACCGUAGCCAAAUGAACUUGAAAUGACGUUAAUUAAAAAUGAUUGUUCUUUAAAUAUUUCAAUGAAAUAUUUUUAUGUUCUCAUUCUUGCACACUAACAGACAGUCAGGCUUUUAGUAUUGUCCCUUUCUACUUCAGGUUUUCUUUUUAAUCCAGCUUUUUUUUUUUUUGAUCCUUUGUUAGUUUUGGAUUUAUUAUUAAAUAUUUUAGUCCUUAUAGGUCUUACUGACAUGAGUACAAAAGGUGUAUGCUUGCACAUGAAACACAACUAGGCUCCCUUGCUCUUUUUCUUUCUAAUGGGAAAGAAAAACAAGACUUACACCGACCGUGUUGACAGCAGUGUGAAUUUGAGCACCUGUGCUGAGCAAUAAAAUUUGCUUUAACAAAUUUAGGUCCUGAUCAUUUUGUAGUGUCGUUCUAAAGGAGUUGUAUCAGUAUCUGUAUCAGUCACCUACGUCAGUAUCUGAGUUAAAUGUGUUGUUGUUGUUUUUUUCUUAUUAUUUAUUUAUCUCCCCACACAAACACAAUGGUAAGUCAUCCUCAGUCCUGUGCGUUUGGUAUUUUUACAGAAAUCUACAAUGAAAUGUUUUUAAUGUGCAAUAUAACAUGGAAGCAUCUGUAGUCCCAAACCUUUAUUUCUGUAAUUGUUCUCUACAUUGUAUACUCAUUGCUGUUUGAAUGUGAAAGUGAUUCUUGCUGUAUAUAAAAUCAUUUAGAAUAUACAUUUUAGAUGAAUAGAAAGCGAACAAAAUAAAUAACCUUUCCACUUUUA